CAUUCAUGUUUGGCAUUUCGCUUUGAAAAGAUGUCGCUUAAACAGGGCAUCGGCAAUGUGGAGUACUUGAAAAAGAGGAUACCGAAAAAUGAAAAAUAUCAACAUGUCAAAACAAGGCUGGACACAGGUUACAGUCUCUCAAAGUAUAUGGAAAGACUGGAGGACAUGAAAAAAAAUUACAGGUAUCGAAAUAAUGAAAUCUUUAAGCGGUUAAAGGUGACAACGUUUGCACAAUUGAUACUCCAGGUAGCCUCUGUAUCCGACCUGAAUGAAAGUGAGAUUGACGGUGAAUCCCACUGCCCAGAAGAUGGUCUGUCCGUGGUCUCUGAUGCAGACUUGGACUGUUUGUCUGAACACACCAAUGGCAGCUCUCCUCAGGCGUCACCUCUUUCCGAUCGGCAGGAUGCAGGAGACAGAGAGAUGUGUAACUCUGCCCGGUCAACGCUGCUGAGUGUUAUCAGUGGGGUGGGGGAGCUGAACGUGGACAGGACCAAUCAGCAGACGGAGAAUGAGUGUGUGUUCAGCCCUGAUCUCACUGACAGGCCGUACCCCGACUGCCCCUACCUGCUGCUGGACGUCCGGGACCGGGACCACUACGACCGCUGCCACAUCAUCAGCUCACACAGUUUCCCCAUCGCUCUGCUCUCACGUACCAUGAACCCCUACACCAAAGACGUGCUGGAAUACAAAAACGCAUCGGGGAAGAUCAUCAUCGUGUACGAUGAAGAUGAGAGGAUAGCGAGCCAGGCGGCCACCAUGAUGUGUGAGCGAGGAUUUGAGAAUCUGUACAUGUUGUCUGGAGGUCUUAAGGUAAUCGCUCAGAAGUUUCCAGAAGGUUUGACGACGGGCUCCCUCCCGACCUCCUGCCUCUCCUCCCCCUCGCCCUCGAAGGGGAAGAAGAGCUCCGUGCCGAAGCCUCCUCUUCAGGCCGCGGAGAAGAGCUGGAGGUUUGCUUCUGACGAUCUGAGCAAGAUCCAGGAUCAGCUGGAGGAGAACCUCGUGCCCAGCAACUCCAACAGCCGGAUGUCGAGCCGCGUGUCGUCCGGCAGCUCUCUCACCAAAGCGUCGAGCGCUCGCAGCCGACAGAGUUCCUCCUCCUCCGUAGCAGGGAGGGACAGCAGCAGGGCUCAGAGCAGCAGACCCUGGAAAUAACACCCUCAUCCACACAGAAACACAUGAACAAACAUACCUCUGACUAAGAGUCCAUUUAUUUCAUGUUUCGAGCUAUAGAACUGUAUAGAAACACAUCUCUACGAUAAAUGAUUUUAACCAUUACACACCUUUUGGGAGAGGAGUUAACACUACACUGAAGUAGAGACCAAAAUAUUUAAAACUCUAAUCAAGACAUACACAAAUAAUCUGCAUAAUUUAGUUUCAGACUCAUCAGCUGCACCGAUUUACAUCAGACUGAAGUAUUUUCCACGUUUUAUGUUUCUUAUAAUAUUUAAUAAAUGGCGUGUUUUUGAAUGUUUGCACAGUUUCUCAUCUGUGAACCUAAAGCCUGACGGAGCUUUUUUGCACUCUAAUCUAUUGUUCAUGUAACACUGCUCUCAUUUUAAACAACCACCUGUUCAGAUAAUAACUUAACUCUGUGGAUAAUCUGUUAUGUUCUCCUUCUUUUGACAUCUUUACGUCUAAAAAAAAAAGGUCACGUUGAACUUCAGCCGCUAGAUAAAUGUCACGUUUAUUGCUGGAGAAUCCUUGAAUGUUAUGAUAUGAAACUAAGGAUGUGCUUAAAAAUCUGUGUUUGACAUGAGAUGUAAUUUAUAUAAAUGAUGUCACAGAGCUCGAUCCAUUUUGUAAAAUGAAGUAAAGAUGUGCUGUAUUUUUGUAAUUUUCUCAAGUAGCCUUUUUCAUCCGCUAAUGCUGUUACGUGACUGGUUGCCUUUGUGUGUGUGAAGACAAUAAUGUGAGUUGUGAUCACACUGACUGGUUAGCACACAAACUGUCAUAACAACAUUGCUGUGACAUUGAAGGGAGGAAACCUCACUGCCCACAGAUGUAUUUGAGAAACAGUUUUGAUUGCUAAUUUGUGGCCUUUUGUUUUGUUGGCAUGGUGGUGACUUAUUGCAUUUUGUUUUUGCCGUUCUACUCCGAAUACACUCACGCAAUCUCUUGUUCAGUGCAUUUAAUGAAACAUAUGUACUACCCUGCAGCCCUUUUUUGUGAUUUCAGGCAGUCUUAACUCACAUUAACAAUCUUGACACUUGAUUUUAUUUGUAAAUGAAUGUCAAAUAAAGUGUAUCAUUGUUUGCU